CAUGAAUGACAACAAGCCCUGAAAGCUCUGGGGGCGCCACGCAGUCCCACAAGCCUGCAUGCCCCACAGCCGAGAUGGGCUCAGCUCCUGGACUUGCCACAGACAGAAAACAUAACACACACUUGCUGGGGAGAGUCUUUGCCUGAUCGGGGGCUGCUCAGAGCACAGGAAGGUGGCCGGCCAGCUGGGAGCAGGAGAUGCAGAGCACCGUCAAUUACCUGUGGCACACGGAUGACCUGCUGGGGCAGGGGGCCACUGCUAGUGUGUACAAGGCCCGAAACAAGAAAUCCGGGGAGCUGGUUGCUGUGAAGGUCUUCAACACGGCCAGCUACCUGCGACCCCGCGAGGUGCAGGUGAGGGAGUUUGAGGUCCUGCGGAAGCUGAACCAUCAGAACAUCAUCAAGCUCUUUGCGGUGGAGGAGAUGGGGGCCAGCCGGCAGAAGGCGCUGGUGAUGGAGUACUGCGCCAGCGGGAGCCUGCUGAGCGUGCUGGAGAGCCCUGAGAACGCCUUUGGGCUGCCCGAGGACGAGUUCCUGGUGGUGCUGCGCUGUGUGGUGGCCGGCAUGAACCACCUGCGGGAGAACGGCAUCGUCCACCGAGACAUCAAGCCGGGGAACAUCAUGCGCCUGGUCGGGGAGGAGGGGCAGAGCAUCUACAAGCUGACGGACUUCGGGGCAGCCCGUGAGCUGGAUGACGACGAGAAGUUCGUCUCGGUCUACGGCACCGAGGAGUACCUGCACCCUGACAUGUAUGAGCGGGCAGUGCUUCGCAAGCCCCAACAGAAAGCUUUUGGGGUGGCCGUGGACCUCUGGAGCAUUGGGGUGACCCUGUACCAUGCGGCCACUGGCAGCCUGCCCUUCGUCCCCUUUGGAGGGCCCCGGCGCAACAAGGAGAUCAUGUACCGGAUCACCACGGAGAAGCCAGCCGGGGCCAUUGCAGGCACUCAGAGGCUGGAGAACGGGCCCCUGGAGUGGAGCUACACCCUCCCCGUCACCUGCCAGCUGUCCAUGGGGCUGCAGAUCCAGCUGGUGCCCAUCCUGGCCAACAUCCUAGAGGUGGAGCAGGCCAAGUGCUGGGGCUUCGACCAGUUCUUUGCGGAGACCAGUGACAUCCUGCAGCGAGUUGUCGUCCACGUCUUCUCCUUGCCGCAGGCCGUCGUGCACCACGUCUACAUCCACGCGCACAACACGAUAGCCAUCUUUCUGGAGGCCGUGUACAAGCAGACCAACGUGGCCCCCCAGCACCAGGAGUACCUCUUUGAGGGUCACCUCUGUGUCCUCGAGUCCAGCCUCUCAGCACAGCACAUCGCCCACACGACAGCAAGCAGCCCCCUGACCCUGUUCAGCAUGGUCAGCGAGACCCCCAAGGGGCUGGCCUUCAGGGACCCUGCUCUGGACAUCCCCAAGUUUGUCCCCAAAGUGGACCUGCAGGCAGAUUACAACACGGCCAAGGGUGUGUUGGGUGCCGGCUACCAGGCCCUGCGGCUGGCACAGGCCUUGCUGGCAGGACAGGAGCUGAUGCUUCGGGGACUGUACUGGUUCGUAGAGAUACUCCAGGCCACGUGCAGGCGGACGCUGGAGGUCACGAGGAUGGCCCUCCUCUUCCUCAGCAGCAGCCUCGGCACUGAGAGGUUCAGCAACAUGGCUGGGGUGACUGAGAUCCAGGAACUGAAGAGGGCCGCAGAGCUGAGGUCCAAGCUGCGGACUUUGGCUGAGGUCCUCUCCAGAUGUUCCCAUAAUAUCACAGAGACCAAGAUGACCCUGAGCAACCUGAGCUCUGAGCUGAUGAAGAACCGGGAUCAGGUACAUGAGGACAGAAGCAUCCAGCAGAUUCAGUGCUGUUUGGACAAGAUGUAUCUCAUUUACAAACAGUUCAAGAAAUCCAGGAUGAGGCCAGGGCUUGGCUACAACGAGGAGCAGAUUCACAAGCUGGAUAAGGUGAAUUUUAGUCAUUUAGCCAAAAGGCUCCUGCAGGUGUUCCAGGAGGAGCGUGUGCAGAAGUACCAGGCAUCCCUGGUCACGCAUGGCAAGAGAAUGAGGGUGGUGCAUGAGACCAGGAACCACCUGCGCCUGGUGGGCUGCUCCGUGGCCGCCUGUAACACAGAAGCCCAGGGAGCCCAGGAGAGCCUCAGCAAGAUCCUUGACUGGCUAUCUCACCAGCUCCUGCAGGACAGAACAAAGGGGGCUCAGGCCUCACCACCCCCUACAGCUCCUUAUCCUAGCCCUGCACUAAAGGACCUGGUUCUCCACAUGCAAGAGCUCUGCAAGGAGAUGAAGGUGCUGGCGUCUGACCUCCAGGACAACAACCGCGUCAUCGAAGGGUUAAGUAGGGUCCCAUCGGCUCCUGACAUCUGAACUCUGGGGGGUGCAUGAGGAAUCCUGAAGCAUUAGAAUCGUUCAGACACUGCUCUCCUGCCUGCACUGGGGGACCCAACACAGGACGAUACCUGGUCGCAUCUCAUCAGCCUACCUCCCUCCUGCCUGACGGCCAGGAGAUGUUGCCAGCAUUACCUUCCACUGCCUUUCUGCGGGAAGCAGCACAGCAGGACCUGGGGCACCAGGCCAUCUCUACAUCCUGGCCCCACUGCCCGGGCUGACCUUUGCAUCUUACGUAGGCUCAGGUACAGCUCUUCUGUUGCCCUGGCCUGUAUAGCUGAACCUGGCCGGGCUGUGGCGAGAAGAGGCUCCGAAAGCCCCUCCCUCCCACCCCCUCUGGUUUACAGGGCUUUGCUCCUCAGGGAACAGAAGAGGAGGCCUCCUGGGGUCAGACGACCUCAUCUCAGUCUUCCCUCCUCUUAAGGUGUUCUACGUUGAACACACAGCCCUCUCCCUGCUCCCGUGAUGUCUGAGGGUUGCCACACGUGGCCCCAGGCAUGACAGAGCCCAAGUUCCCUUCCCCUCUGGUCUGGCUGAGCCUAAGGCUGAGAAAGCAGGUGGUCGAGGCCGCGUGCCAGUGUCUCGGCGACCCUUUCCCCUGUCCCUCUGAGGCACCACCAGGUUCUGGGGUUUGUAGCCAGCGGUGUCAACAGUAGCCGUGCCAAUUAGCACAGGCCCGUAAGUCCAGAGCCCUGAGGAAAUCAAGGCCCGCACCUUCAAGAAGUGAAA